AUGGCUACCCUUGCGUCGAGAGAUCAUCAAGAUCUCAUCAACAACGGUCUGGCGACCCCGGCUGCUCCUGAUGGCACUGUCAGGAUCCACAAGCGACGCUUGCAUCAGUGGGCCGAUGCAGAAUACGCACAUCUUCCGCUUUCCCCUACCCCCCCCGAAUCUUCUGAAGAUCAUUUCACCACCAUACCAGCAGCCCGCAUCUCCCUGGCCACGUUGAAAUACCUUGGAUUCAACAGCGAGAGAGCGGAUGAGAUUUGGACGAGGUGGCAAAACUGGCCAUUAAAUCCUAUCGUUUUUCUUCAAUUCGUCAUGGACCAUCUCGAGGACUAUGUGUGGCAAGAUGUUUACGAUGAGGAUGAUGACGAGUGGUUUCGAUAUAUGGAUCUAUGUGGUAUUAACGAGGAACUACAGAAAGCAAUCAUGGACCCGGAGUUUAAAAGCAUGCGCCUGAUGGAGACAUGCCUUUACUGGCUGAAAGAUACCAUGGAACUUCGUUACAUGGGCCUCGAAAGGAUUGAAGCUACUUCACGGGAACGAGAACAGGCGCUUCGACAUUCCGAGCCUCGUGUCUAG